AUGGGUUUGCGAAGAAGAAAAAUCAAAGCUAGAAAGAACAAUGAAGAUCCUAAACAAAAAGAAGACAAUCAACAACACGAGUCUUCAAUGGAAGAUCUCCCACAUGAUCUCUCUCUCGAUAUCCUUUUGCGAUUACCAGUCUCCUCUCUCAUUCCAGUCAAGUUAGUAUGCAAAUCCUGGUACAAUUUCGCAACUUCUCUUCAUCAUGAACCUCACAAUCACAACAACAAAAACAAUCCUUGUCUCCUCGUAUUAUCCACUCCUCCACACGAUCAAAACCAUUGCAUAGCUGAGAUCAAUGUUUUGUAUGAAAUCGACAAUCAAGGCAACUACGGAGUAAUAUCAAAAUCAAUCAAACAGCCAAUGAAUCAUAACAUACUCAAUGUCAAUACCACUCUGUCAUGCAAUGGUUUGCUCUGCUUAAUAUGCUUGAAAAACAAUUUUUCCUAUCGAGUCUGCAUAUGCAACCCCUUGACUGAAGAAUACAAGUAUUUGCCUGAUAUGCCAUCUGUGUCACAAACAGUCACACGACUUCGUCACUGUAAGUACAUCGACAAUGAAGCCUAUCUUUACCAGCAUUUUGGGUUCGGAUUCAAUCCAAGUACUAAUGAAUACAAAGUGGUGAGAAUUGCUGGAAUUCACAACGUCACACACAUGGUCACUUUGAAGAAGAAGAAGCCUUUUAAUUGGGAUUUUGAUCCAAAAAAUUUCAAACAAAAAGUCGAUGUGUUUACUCUCAGCAGAACUGGGGUUUGGAGGUCUAAUAUCGACAUGCCUUUUGCUUGUCCGGUGGAAUCAUCUGGCGCGGUGGUCAAUGGUGCUAUUCAUUGGUUAUGCGCAGGACGGAGCCAGUUCAAAGAAUCAUGUAUUGUCGUGUCAUUUGACUUGUCAGAUGAGAAGUUUCGGGUGAUCCCAAACCCGCCAGACUGCGAAAUGGGUCAGGGUUGUGAGUUGUUGGUGUUGGGAGGCUGUCUUGCCAUAACUGACUACUAUGCAAGACAGAUUGAUAUAUGGGUGAUGCAGGAACAUGGUGUGGAAGGGUCUUGGACUAAAGAGAUUGUCAUCAUAGAGAAUUUGCCUGGAGUAAGUUUGAGAAGUCCUCAAUGGAUUCAUCCUCUAUGCUUGUUGAGCAGUGGGAAGAUUGUGAUCUCGUACAAGAGAGGAGCUUUGUAUUGUUUUGAUCCAGAAGAAACAGAAUGGUUGAAUAUUUUCACCAAAAGGGGCUUGCAUCCCCUUGAUCAGUUCAUGGCAGUUAGUUAUACUCCAAGCCUUGUUUCACCUUUUUUACACUAG